AUAGCGAACACUGACUCAGUUUGCUUUCGUUAGUCUUUAUGGAAGGUUCGUAUCACUAUUUCAUGUGGAUCGUUUUAAUGCACGUUGCUGUCGAUAUAUUUGAUACAAUCAGGAUCAAUUUCUCCGGAGGUAACGAUAGGAGAGAGGAAUGUGAGUAACUGUGUGUUAAUGAUUAUGUGUGAAUGUGAUUGUGAUAUGAACAGAGAUCAAUUAGACGAAAGGUGUACCCUGUCGUGAAUAAAGUGUCAAAUGCCAGCGGACAAUGAAUACGAUGAUACGAAGCUGGAUCCUCUGCGGUCUAUUUCUGCUGGGAUAUAUUCAAGAAUGCUGGCAACUCAUAAUAAAAGGCGUGAACAUACCGUCGACAGUGAAAGCCAAAGACACCGAUUAUGUAAUUCUAGAUUGCGACUACGAUCUCGAAGAUACGCCGAGCAACGGAUUAGUAGUAAAAUGGUUCUUCAACGCGAACGAAGUGGCCUAUCAAUGGAUAUACGGUAGGAACCCUCUGGCCGGAGAUAUUACGCGGAAAUACGUUGACUUGAAGUAUAAAGCUAGCGACAAUCCAUACACUACGUACCGAGCCAUGAAAUUGAACAAGCCCGGUAUCGAUCUUAGUGGCGAGUACAAAUGUGUCAUAUCCACUUUCGCGGAUGAGCAGUCUGCAAGUGCUUCCAUGCUUGUAUAUUCAACGGAAGAUAAAUUCGAGCUUAUACAUAGGAAGAAAAUUAUAGACGAUAAAAAUGGGGUAGAGAUAACGUGUAUGGCAGAAGGACUAUAUCCACAACCCACUCUAGAUAUAUCUAUCGAGGAUGUCCCGGAAAAGCAAACAAAACCUACUAUUACACUACGGGCCGAUGGACUAUACGAUAUCUUAUCACGAACGAUCUUACUUGAUGAAAAUUUACCUGAAGCAGCGAUUGUCAAAUGCUUGCUUGGUAUACCGAAGGUGAACUAUAAUAUUUCUCACAAAGCUGUCUACUAUCCCGGAAAUUUCGUUGGUCAAUUGUCAAUUAACUUCCUUCUAGUCAUAAUGCAGAUGGCACUAAUCAACAUACUCAAUUAAUUAUUAAACUGCUGCCGAAAGUGAAAUCCUAAACGACUACUGAACGCAUACAAAGAUUUGCCGUUUCAAUCGGUCAUCCGUAUUGCAUCUAAAAUACUUAUCGAUAAAUGCAGUGUGCCUAAAUUGUAUUACUAUAUAUACUGUUAAACAUUGUUUCGCGAAAAACAAGACAACCUCAAGAUAUUGGGUAUUAAAUAUCGAUCAACUUUGGUGUUCAUUGUUUAUACUGAAAAAUUCUGUUUAUGACUAAUUAUACACAUAAACAUAUGCUAUAUACGCACAUAUGAACAUUUAAAUAUACCGAUAUUAAUAAAAAUAACAUAAGUAAGAAUACUUUUUAACGUGCCGUUUAAAGCGUUAUUCAUAUUUAUAAUGAAAUUCUAGUUUAUCGUCGUUAACGUGGACAGUAUUUUAAAAAAUCAAAGAUGUAAGUAAAACUGUUAAUCGAAAGAUGAGGAAAAAAGAAAAAACAAAGAAAAAAUCUUUGCAGUAUAGCAUUGUAAAUAAUAUUUAAAAUUUAAUCUUGUUAUAAUUCAAAUUAUUAUGCAAAUAUUACGCGUGUUUGUUGCUCUUCGUAUUAUGCGAGGUUCAUAAUCUAUCGUUCAAAUGAAUAAAAUAUAUAAAAAUUUACGUACUUUAUACAGAAUGUUAAUACAAUGUAUAUUUGGGAAAUAUCUUUGGAGAAUCGAUUCUAAAGAUUAAAAACAAACAUAAAAGUGAUUGAUAUACAAAAUAUCGAUCGAGAUUUAUUUAUUAAAUAAUUUCGCAUUAAAUAAAACGAGAUGGGAAUAAAAUAUGAUGAUAUAGCGAUUUAACGACAAUAGACAAUUUCUCUCUUUCUCCGUCUCGCUUCGUUUAACGCAAAAUUUAAUCACUUAUAAUUUAAUUCAUAUAUAAUCUUUAACCAAUAUUUUUUAUUUGUAUACCAACUUUUAUCUUUCCUUUAAAAUCGAUCCUCCAAAAUUAAUAUAUAUAUAUAUAUAGUAUUAAUAUAUUAAUUAUCUAUUAUAUAUGUAUAUAUAAUAUAUCGUAUUUAUAUAUGUAUAUGUAGCAGUUUCUAUAUGUAUAUAUAAUGAAGUACAGAAAAAAAGAUAAUACGAAUAUAUUAAUUAUACAUAUAUAAGUGUAAUUAUUUUAAUAUAUGUAAAUAACUAUGACAAUAUAUUAUAUUGAAAUGUAAAUGAAGAUUUAAAAAAAUAGAGUGAUAACAUUCUUGCUUGAAAAAAUAAAUUAUAUAUGUUUCUGUAACGAUAUUGUGAAUAAUAUAUUAUUUCUGAUCGCAAAGCGUGAUAGUGCAAUUAUCGUCAUAGUGCGAUAGAUAAAACAUAAUUAAAACAAUUUCAAUACACGAUACAAUUACAUUUA